AUGGCCUCCGCUCGGGUAGCCAGCGCCAGCAGCACCAGCAGCACCACCAACCCGCACGCCAGCGCUAGCUUCAAUGGCGUCGCCGGCGUGACCGCGCCGUUGCACAACAGGAGAACCUCGCUGUCGUCCUUCCCCCACUCGUCGCGCUCCACUUCGCAAAUGUCGCAAAUGUCGCGCCCCUCGCGCUCACCCCAGCCGCCACCGACCGCCGUCAUGUCGGACCAGACGGACCGCACCUCCAACCCGAGCUCCAAGAGCAAGUCGCCCUCCACCGGCACCGGCGUCUCCUCCCAGCAUUCGUCCCUGUCCGCCGCCGACGCACCCCGCCGCUACAACCCCGACGCCCACCCCUCCCGCAAGCUGCGCCCCCAGUACCCGCGCGGCGCCACCGACAGCCAUGUCGAGUACAUCCUGGUCGCCGAGUUCGACAUCGACCGCGGCUCCGUCAUGGAGCACCAGUACCCCGUCGCCAUCACCGGCGACGAGAAUAUGCUGGCUGAGCUGAUGCUGCCCGACGGCGCCCACUGCCGCAACCAGGACUGGACCAUCUUCUUCCUGCACAAGGACCAGACGGAGGAGGAGGAGGACCAGGAGCGCCAGGCCGUCGAGGCCCGCAAGCAGCGGCGACAAAGACGCCGCGACAGGGCCGCUGGCCUCCCUGUCGCUGAGGGCGACGACCCCGAGGAAGACGGCGCAGAUCAGAACGACUGGGACGACGACGCCUCGACAGAUAGCGAAGCCGACUGCGACGAGGGACCGCCCCUUAUAUACGUGCUGAAUCUCGUCUACACAAAGCUGGACUCUAGCGUCAAGCGCGGCUCCAUCGUCAAGGCAAUGGCGAUAUGCACCAGACAUCCAUUUCUACAUAUAUACAAGCCCCUUUUACUGCUAGCGCUCGAGGAAUACUUUAAGGCCCCUGUUCCCGAGACAAUAGCUAUGCUGUACGAUGCAGUCAACGCUAUGGAUCUGUCCCUCAUGCCCAAGUUGAGUCUCUUGGAAAGACAUCUGCUACAGGCAAGCGACAACAAGGAUCUGUUUGUGGAAAAGUUUGAAGAGAUGAUCCGGAUGAGGAUAGCCGAGGACGAGGACGAGAAGGCGGACCACCCGGCAGAUGGCAGCACGAAGCGCCUAGGCAUCUCUAGAGCAGGGACCAAGGCGCACUUCGAGGGCCAGUCGACGUACUCGGUACCGCGCGACACGCACGAGUUUGAGAGCAAGGUGGUCUACAAGGGCAUCCCGAUCCCCAUCAAGGUGCCCGUGGCCGUCAUGCCCGAGACGGUGGGCGACUUCUCGCUCAUCAAGCUGAUCCAGAACUUCUCGGAACCACACGUCAAGAGCCCCCAGCCCUUCCGCGCCCACCCACACUUGACUACCAACGGGCCCAACACUCACCCCAUCAUUGUGCUCGUCAAUGCCUUGCUGACCCAGAAGCGCGUCGUCUUCAUCGGGCACAAAAUGCCCUCGGGUGAGGUCGCAGAGGCCGUGCUGGCCGCUUGCGCCCUCGCCUCGGGCGGGAUCCUGCGCAGCUUCACCCGCUUCGCCUUCCCCUACACGGACCUGUCCAAGAUCGACGACCUCCUCAACGUCCCCGGCUUCAUCGCGGGCGUGACGAACCCGACCUUCGAACUGCACCCGGAGUGGUGGGACGUGUUGUGCGAUCUGCCCACAGGCCGCGUCAAGAUCAGUAGCCGCAUCGAGGACGCGCCCGUGACGGAGGGGCUUGUCUACUUCCGGCAGCAGAACCCCAGCUACGCACAGUUCGUCCCCAGCUCCGGUGGCGGCCCGGCGGGUGCCGCAGCCAACGCUGACCUGACGGGCGACAACGCCUUUAUGGCCGACAUCAUGCGUAGUAUCACGGCGCGGGCAGGCGAGCGCGUCGUUCGCGCAAAGUGGCGGGACUGGGUGCUCAAGUUCACGCGCGUCGCCGCCUCCUUCGAGGAGAGCGUCUACGGCGCCAGCGCCCUGUACCUCGGCAACGCCGACGCCGAGGGCGCUGCUGGCGACGGCAACGGCGUCCCGCUGCAGCCACCCGUGGGUGGUCAUGGAUACGUCUGGGCUGACGAGAACGCCAAGCUACGCGAGCUAGCGGGCAAUUUGACGAGGAUAGAGGGGUGGAGAAACACAAGGAGCUACUACAACUUUAUUCAUGACGCCGCGCAAAUGUACGCCGUCAAGCCGCUCAAGGGCUUGGACCUGCACCACAUGCACGACCGGCUCCGUACGCAGCGCCUCACGCCAGCGCAGAGCCGCGAGGUCUAUAUGGCCUUCUCACGACACGUGCACUCGUACGACGAGAUCAGCCUCCUGCUCACGGUGGCGCCCGAGUCGCACGCCGGACUCUUCUACCUGGCACUGGGUCUGUUCCACAAGGACCGCGACGUGCGCCUCCGAACCGCCGACCUGCUGGACCGCAUCAGCGAGCACGAGGCCGGCCGCCACUGGUGGAGGGGCCUGACACGCUUCGAGCGCCUCGCCUACACGCGCAUCCGCCGCGAAGCCGAGCUCGAGAUGCGCGCCAAGCUCGAGAAGGAAGGCUUUGCCGCGCCUGUCGUCGUUGAGAAGCGGAUCAGCUGA